UCGGAAUGAUAUUGAGCUGGAUGUUUCUACUAUGGUUAAAGAUGGAUUUGUGCGCUCCUGAGCCUAAAGCGGGUAUACCUGGAAUAAAAAUCAGACCUGUAAGUGACUUGGAAGAGACUAUAGAGUAUCCUGAAAUUUACGCCGUAGUUGGAUCCACAGUAUUCCUUCCUUGCAACAUGAGCCAGCCUUCUCAGGACGACGUGAUCUCUUUAGUCUUGUGGUACAGAAUUGAUCUUCCAAACCCCAUAUAUACGCUGGAUACACGGGGAGCCGAUGGAGCUAAGCAUUUUGCAGGAAAGUCUCUAGGGACUCGUGCGUUUUUUAAUAUUAGCCGCAGAAGCAGCGCUCAUCUUCGCCUUGAACCUGUUGAUGAACUGGAUGAAGGAGAAUACAGAUGUAGAAUAGAUUUCAAAAGAGGAAGAACUUUAAAUCGUCUAGUCAAGCUCAAUGUCAUUGUGCCUGUAAAAAAAGUGCUUAUUAGAGGACGAGGAAACAUUACAUAUUCCGGUGUUAUUGGGCCAUUUACAGAAGGAGAAAAAUUAGUUCUCAUAUGUGAAGCCUUUGGUGGUCGUCCCCGUCCGUAUAUCAUUUGGCGCCGAGGUCACAACAUCAUUCAGGGAACCAUCACUGUCGAUGAUCAAGGAGGCAUUAGAAAUGAAUUAGUAUUUGAGAGACUCAGGAGGGAACAUUUAAUGAACGUUCUUAUAUGUCAAUCUUCAAACAACAAUGUUACAACUCCACUGUACUCCAUGGUGACAAUUGACCUAAACUUGAAACCACUUAGCGUCCAGAUAACCAUGGUUCCCAAAACUCUGACGGUCGGAGAGAAUUUGGAAUUGAACUGCCAAAGUGAAGGGUCAAAGCCUCCUGCUCAAGUUUCAUGGACGAAGGCGUCAGAAAAUGUUGAUCAUUUGGCAAUACAAAACAUUUAUGGAAGCAUAUCUGUCAGCACCCUCAGCUUUGUUAUAACAGCUGAAGAUAAUGGGAAGAAGUUGGUGUGUAGAGCUAAAAAUCCUCACCUUACAGAAAGUGCCUUAGAAGAUAGCCUUAUUCUUAAUGUCCAGUAUCCUCCACACCUGACGCUUGUAUUCGGAGCCAGCGUGCAAUUCGAACACAUUAGAGAAGGUAGUGAUGUGUACUUUGAAUGCAACAUCCAAGCUAAUCCUCCUAUUUCGGAAGUGCAGUGGAAAUUCCAGCACCGGAACCUCGCCCACGAUCCUCGCAGCGGAAUCACCAUUAAGAACCAUUCGCUGCUUCUCCACAACGUAAGCCGAAGAAACCGUGGACUUUAUCAGUGUGUUGCUUUCAAUGCACGAGGGAAGGGAGAAAGCGAAGAAGUUACGCUAAGGAUACAGCAUUCCCCAGUAUGCAGUCCUAAACAGCCCCGUACUUACAACAUCUCUCACCAUGGUAAAAAUAAUGUAUCUUGUGCUGUGGAAGCAGAUCCCAAAGCAGUAACAUUUUCUUGGAUGCUUAAUAAUAGCGUUGCUAUCUCUCUAAGGAAUGCAGUGUUGUUGGAGACAGAUAGUGGGUCCACAAGCGUGAUUGAGUAUCAUCCUGUAACGAAGUUAGACUAUGGUGCUUUACACUGCCAUGCAAAGAACUCUAUAGGAACCAUGAAAGAACCUUGUGUGUUUAAUAUCGUGCCUAUUGAAAUUCCGCAGUCACUUCUGAAUUGUACAGUUUUUAAUCAGACAAAACAUACACUCAUUGUUUCCUGUGAUUUCGUGGACACAUCAAAGCAACAAACGUUUCAUUUAGAAGUGUAUGACACGAAAGGUGAGCGUCUAAUGGCAAAUCUAUCGACAAGUGAGGAGCCUUAUUUCUAUGUGAGAAACCUUCCAGGUGGAUCAACAUUUAUUCUUGCUCUAUACACUUCUGGAUUGAAAGGUAGAAGUGAGACUGUAGCACUGACUGCCUCAACUUCCGUUCCGUCCGAAAGACAAUCAGGCAGUGAGAAUAGGAACUUCAUUGGAGCUGUUAUACUUGUGGCAAUAGCAGCUUCUGGAGCUCUAGUUUUAUUGAUUGUAGCUGGUGUUCUAGCAAUCGUUAAAAAUAAAACCGGAAGUUCUCAUGAAGCUUCAGCAGGAACAGAAAUGAAUGAAAAGACACAACAGAGUACGCCUAAAUCUUCAAAGCAAAGUUUCGAAGAUGGAAACUCUUACAUAUAUCAUACGGCAGAGGUACCAACAGAAUACGUUCAUCUGACUCCAAAAUCCACUCCUGAUUGUCUUUACAAAAGUUUGAUGGAGGGCAGCCACAACACGUAUGAAGACGCCUUAAAGAAAGCUCAUGCAAUGUCAGAAGAGGGUAUAGAAGUAAUAUUACCAGUUAUUGAAAGAUGAAAUCUUCCUUCUACUACGUAAAAAUGUGAACAUUGAAAUAUUAGACUUCUGGGACUAGGUUUCUAAGAUCAAAUCAGAGACGACAUUGCUUUUACUCUUCCAGAGACUAAUUUUUGCUGAAAAAUGUACUAUCUAUUGAUGUCGAGGUUCUGUCCAUGUCGAAGCAUAUCUAAUAAAAGUAUAAAAGUAUGAAGAAAGCUGUACCAUGAAAGGCAUUGUCUUCUCUGCGUGUAUUGAAUACGAUCAUAAAAAUAUUUAUUUUUAUACGUUUAAU